AUGACAAUAAUCCAUAUCAUAAUGGAAAGUGGGCUCAAAGGUAAAGCAAUUAAAUUUCUAGAUUCCCAUUCCAACCCAGUAAUUGCCGAAGUCUACGACACCAAAGACAACACUAUAAGAUGCAUGGAGCUCCUUCGCCCCGAAGACAUCAAAGGUAAACCUUACCUAGUUUCUCGUCACAUUUACUUUGGUGACCGCGAACUAUACCGCACUAGCAAUUUCUUUGAAAUUUCCCAAUCCUCAGUCCAAGAAAUCCUGCCUAUUUGUACACUAAAAGACUACCCUGGCUCUAAAGGAAUCCUAAUCCGCCAGACCUACGACAAAAAUUCCAAGCUUUUCAACCCCUCAACUCUUCCUUCAGUUUGCCUAUGCCGGCAGCCUUUAAACCCAGACAUGCCAUACAUAAUCUGUCAAAAAUGCAACCAAAUUUUUCACUCCUUGUGUUUAACUGAUACAAAUUCCUGCCCUGACUGCUCAUAUAUUUUUAAAAGACAAAGAAUUGAAGAAAAUGUGCCUGAGUCACCAAAAAAACAGAUAAAGACCACAAUGGUAGCUAAAAGUAGGAAUAUUGAUAAUAGCAGCUUGCCUCUAGAUGCUGAUAAGUAUCAGAGUUUGACUGAAGAAGGACGCGAAAGGCUACAACAAAAUGUGUGGAACGUCCAUCUAAAUUUUAUGGCUCUGCAGUCAUCAUUGAGUAGUGAAGAAAAAAUAAGGCACCAGCUUGAUUCAAAAAUUGUGUGUGCGCUUUAUUUGUCAAUAGAAGAAAAUAGAGGGCUGGGGAUAGAUUAUUCUUUGCAAGAGCUGGAAAAAAAAGCGAUGGAGAUAGAAGCAUCAAUUUAUUAUUCUACUGGCAGUAAUGCUAAUUCACAGGCUUAUAAAGGAAAGGUAAGGUCCUUGCUUUUUAAUCUUUGUGAUGAAAAAAACCCUGAUUUUAGGUUCGAUAUACUUAAAGGAGAAAUUUCGCCUGCAGAGCUUUCUAUAUGUUUUAUAUAUAAAGUACAAAGUUUAUAGGUAAUAAAAAAAAUUUAUUAAAUUUUAUAUGAAAAAGGUAUAAAAUGCAGUCAAGAGAUAUGGCCUCAAGUGCUAUUAAAAAUUUCAGGGUUGAGAGAAAAAAAAAAUACACAGAAGAGCAGCUUGUUUUGCCAACUGCAGAUGAAAAAUUGGUAGUAAAGACGCAUAAAGGGGAAGCUGUAUUUAUGCCUGGAGAAGUAGUCACUGAUAUGACUAGCACAGAUAUAUUGGAUACGGUGCUGACGAAGAGUAAGAGCACAGAUUCACCUACAAAGGUACCGAAAUGUGACGAUCCUUUUGAUAUAGAAAAUUAUGAGGGCGAGCAAAAGUAUGAAGUCAAACCAAAAAAUGGGGAAGGGAUCAAUGAGCGUAUUUUCGAGAUUGUGAAAGAUUGGACUCCUAAGAAGCUUUCUGGGAAGCUUAAAGAUACAAUACAUAAUUAUUUAGAGGAAUCCCAGGCCAAAAGGGUUAUAUCCAGAAUUAAUUUUCUUAACCUCUUCAAUAGCCAUUUUAUUCUUCAAUAAUAUAAAUAAAAUUUUUUAUUUUGAUUGGCAUAUUUUCAAUAGAUAAUGUAGUCAUAUUUUCAUUUUGUAACUAGCGUCCAAAGCAUAUUAUUUAUUUAUUGGCAAUUUAACUUAAAAGCUAAAACUCUUAAGUCUAUCUAAUAAAGCCAACUUUUUAUAAAGCUAUAAUUAUUCUUGCUAUAUAAACAGUUGAUAAUUAGCCAAAAUUUCAAUAUUAUUGAGUGGUGAGCUAGCAAUAAUUAA